AUGGUACUACCCCGGCGCAUACUCUGCGCGCGCACGACGCUCGGCGCGCCCCUACGAACGCUAUCGCGCCCAUACUCCUCCUCGAGCUCCCGAGUCCCCCUCGUCUUCGACCACCACGAACCCCCGAAAUCCGACCGUCACAGACAGGAUGCGCCCAUCAUAUUCAUGCACGGGCUGUUCGGGUCCAAGAAGAACAACCGGAGCGUGAGCAAAGUCCUGGCGCGCGAUCUGAAGAGACAUGUCUACGCCGUUGACCUGCGCAACCACGGCGAGUCCCCGCACGCGCCGCGACACGACUACACGGCCAUGGCCGAAGACGUAGCAGCCUUCAUCAGCGAGCACGGGCUGAAGCAGCCGACGCUGAUCGGCCACUCGAUGGGAGCCAAGACGGCCAUGACGCUGGGCCUCAGCGAGCCAAACCUGAUCAGCGACCUCGUCUCCGUCGACAACGCGCCCGUCGACGCCACGCUCAGCACCGACUUCGCCAAGUACGUCCGCGGCAUGAAGCGCAUCGAGGAGGCCGGCGUGACGCGACAGGCCGAGGCCGACAAGAUACUGCAGGAGUACGAGAAGGAGCUCCCGAUCCGGCAGUUCAUCCUGGGCAACCUCCACCGCGUCGCGAGCGCAGACGGACAGACGACGCAGAAGUUCCGCAUCCCGCUGGACGUGCUGGCCCGGUCGCUCGACUACAUGGGCGACUUCCCGUUCAAGAACCCGGAACAGACACGCUUCGAGAAGCCGGCGCUGUUCGUGCGCGGCACGCGCAGCCGCUACGUGGCCGACGAGGCCGUCCCGCUCAUCGGCCGCUUCUUCCCGCGCUUCCAGCUGGUUGAUAUUGACGCCGGCCACUGGCUCAUCUCGGAGAAGCCCGAGGAAUUCUUGAGAGCUGUGAUCGAGUUCCUUACGCCGAAAGAGUAA